AUGCCAGCUCACCGCGAUUCCUCCGCCUCUGCCUCUGCUCGCCCACGCCCCAUCCCUUCCGGCAGCACACCCAACGAUGCCUCCAGUAUCAACGCCUUUGGUGCUUCGCCGUCCAGAGCUUCGACGACGGCAAGACUAGCAGCCACGCCCGUGGUGGGCUCCCCGAGCGGCCGUUCUACACCGAGCACUGUGCUGGCUGRCGAGUCGCAGCAGGGCCAGGAGCCGCUCGCCGGUGUUUCUGGGAAUUCCGUGCCCGGACCGGGUGCAUCUUCCCUCUCACAGGCGCUGCGAGGCGCCCAUGGACAGUCUCCUGAUCGGUUCAGCUCCAUGGCCGCUCGUGAGAGAUCCUCUUCCAUGAUGAGGUACGAGAGCCCAGACGAAGACUCGUUCGCGCCGCAGUCCUACGCUACACAGCUCGGCCGUAGUCCCACGCCCAAAGAGGAUAUCGAGGUGCUCAAAAGACAUCUCGUGGGACCGCAGAAUGGCUCAGAGUCAGGCUCGCUCAGGAAAGGCUCAACAUUCCCAGUGGAGAAUGCACAAUCCAGCUCUGCAACUCAGGACAACUUCUCGAGUUUGCAGCUGCAGGGCGGAGAUACGACUAGGCACAUCUACCGCUAUGCCGAGAAGGCGCAGCGAGACCAGGAGACCGCUGCUCGUCUCCGGAGAAGCAUGAGCUACACCGCACCAAAGACAGAUGAUGCUGAAGCAGAAGAUAUAUCAUAUAUUCGAGAACCUGGUGGCUUCAGACGUGACCAUCUUCGGAGGACUGCCGGCUCUCCAGCGCCUUCGAGCAUCAACCCCAGGACGAGAUACGGCACAGUUGAUAGGGAAGCCUUGGCCUCGGAGCCAGCUCGUCCACAAUUCGUUACCAGAAACUUUAUCGAAUUCCUCACGUUGUACGGCCACUUCGCUGGAGAAGAGCUUGAAGAAGAUGAUGAAGUGCUGGACAGAGACGAGUACUUUUCCUCGGAUGCCCAUGAGGAUGCCACCACUGAUGGAGACGACAACCGUUCAGAUCGAGACUGGGGCGAGGAAUCAGCGCUGCUCACACCAGGAAAGAGACGUCGGAAGCGCAAGGUCCGCGAGGCUGGCAAAGGAACCCCAUUUGGCGCCGCCAUGCUGCUGCUCAAAUCAUUCGUUGGAACUGGUGUACUCUUUCUCCCGCGGGCUUAUUACAACGGGGGUAUGCUAUUCUCGAACGUGGUUCUGGCAAUCAUUGCCGCGCUCUCGUAUUACUGCUUUAUUCUCCUCGUCGGCUGCCGCUUAAAAGUUCCCGCAUCUUUUGGUGGCAUGGGAGAGAAGAUAUUUGGUCCCUGGUUCAAACACGCCAUCAACUUCUCGCUUGUCAUCUCGCAGGUUGGAUUCUCCUCCGCAUACAUUGUUUUUGUGGCCGAGAAUCUGCGUGCGUUCGUUUUGGCAGUUACGCGUUGCAAGACUGACCUCAACAUUGGCAUCAUGAUUCUCAUCCAGAUGGUAAUCUUUCUUCCGCUGAGCUUGUACCGAAACAUCAACCAGAUACAGAAGUUGGCACUCAUAGCCGAUCUCUUCAUCCUCCUCGGUCUGAUCUACGUUUACUUCUACGACGUCAAGACGAUUGUAAAGCAAGGCGGCGUCAGCGAUAUCGAAAACUUCAACCCCGAAUACUGGACGCUGCUGAUUGGCACUGCAAUCUUUACCUUUGAAGGCGUCGGCCUGGUCAUUCCUAUUCAGAGCGGCAUGGCAGACCCCAAGAAAUUCCCUCGGGUUAUGGGCACGGUGAUGAUUAUCAUUACUGUCAUCUUCAUCAGUGCCGGAGCACUUUCCUACGCAGCCUACGGAAGCCACACCAAGACCGUCAUCCUACUGAACAUGCCCCAAGAUGAUAAGCUUGUCAAUGCCGUGCAAUUCAUUUACAGCUUGGCCAUUCUUCUCUCUACGCCGCUCCAGAUUUAUCCUGCGAUUGAGAUCACUUCCCAGCAACUAUUCAGCAGGACCGGAAAAUACAACCCGUGGAUCAAAUGGAAGAAGAACAUUUUCCGCUUCUUCAUGGUGGCCAUUUGUGCCCUCAUAGCAUGGGCCGGUGCCAAUGAUUUGGACAAGUUUGUGAGCUUGGUGGGCAGCUUUGCGUGUAUCCCUUUGGUGUACAUAUAUCCCCCAUUGAUGCACUACCGCGCUGUGGCAACCAAGAACUGGCAGCGAGCAGCCGACAUUUUCCUCGUAGUCUUCGGCUUUGCCAUGAUGACCUACACGACAUCCCUUACGGUCAUUGCGUGGGCGAACGGACGAGAGGAAAAAUCACCCGGUUACUGUGACAAUGGUGGACCGGAUGGAGUGUACUUUUUCAACUGA